CUUUUGGUUUUUAGUUGCUCGAGUCGUGUGCAAUCGUGCGGAAGCCAAAGAAAAUUGUGGAAACCUCAACAAAAAAACGAAGAGGAAAAUCCCAAGCAAACAUUCAUUAAGUUCUGCGCUUCGAAAAAGAAAAUAGAAUAAAUUAAAAUAAAAGUUGCCCUCAUAAUUAAAACGUAUUUAAAUUCCGGAGCAAAUUGGCUAAGCCGUAAAUCGGAAAUACCAGAGAGCGGAAGGAAAUUGUGGAAGUUCUUAGUCUAAUUGAUGCAUUGUGCAAUGCGUGAAAUUCUGAUUAUAUAAGAGAGGCAAAUGAAAGAAGUUUGCAUUAGUGGAAAACUCAAUUAACUGCGAAUUUUCGCACAGUCAUCGCCUAGCGGAAAGCCCGAAGAAAAGCCGGCAAAAAAAAAAGAACACAAAAUUAUUUAUUUUUGCAUGGGUAAAUUUUGUGAAUUUUGACAGGCGCAGCAAAAAAGAAGAAGAAAGAACAAAGAAUCGGUGGAAAGGCAGAUGGAAGAGAAAAACUAUUGCAGCAAAGUGUAAAAAAAGAAUAGGCAAAUAGAGAGAGUGAGAAAGAGAGACAGUGAGCGAGAGGGAGGGGCAGAUUGCAAGCGUGCGAGCGCACAAGAUUUAUAAAUAAAACGAGCAGCCACGCACAAAAAGAGCAGCGAUAAGAGGCGUAAGAGAGGGAGAGCGUGAAAGAUACGAAACGUAAACAAACAAAGGGAAUAGCAAACGCAGAAAGCAGAUAUAAUAAAAACAGCAUCACGAUGCCGGAGCCCUUGGGUCUGCUGUGGUCCACGCCCGAGACAAAGAAGAAGGCGCCCAUUAUCAAAGUAUCCUGCGGCAUCGGCGACACGGACGGCUUUCCCGCUUUCGAUGUCGAAUCGGAUAUCUACGACUCGAAGGACGACGAGAAGUGGGGUUUCCUGAUAACCGGUGGCGCCGAAUUUCAUAUGCCCUUAACUGUCUUUCAGGUAACGCCCAAUAGUAUAGCCGACAAAUCGGGCAUUCGUCUGGGCGAUAUAAUACUCGAGAUAAACGAGGAGGACGCCACGCAGCUGACUCUGGCCCAGGCACACGAGCGCAUCAACGCAACGCCCAAGAAAGUGCAGCUCCUCAUGCGCAACAUGGAAGAGGAUGAUCCCACGGGCAUGUUUGAGGCCGGCGAGGAGAAGUCCAUAGUGAUGCGCGUACCGAAGCCGAUGCCGCCGCCAAAGGCUACAUCUGUAGCAUCGCUUGCUUCUCGCUCUGGCCGCGUGCUGCCCAGCUCAAUUGAGCUGCGCCUGCUGGAGAUGCAGCGCAAACUCUCUGCCAUAGCUGAGAUACCCAAGAUACUAACCUCAACGCUGCAGACUGUUUCGCAGUCCUUUGGCAGCCUGCAGGACGUGGAGCUGUCCUAUAUGCCGCGCAAAUGCUCCUACGAUGAGGAUGCGCUCGACUAUGAGCUGGCCAGUGAGGACGAGCAUGAGGAUGGGGAUGAGGAUGAGGCUGAGCCAGAGGAGGCGGGACAAGAGGAUGAUCUGCAGGUGCCAGAUGAGGACGAUGACGAAGAGCGGUUAUUGCAACAGUGUGUAGCCAAGCAGCUAAAGGAUUUGACGCCGGAAUCCGAUUAUGCAUCGGAAGUCAAUUACGCGACAAAUGAGCUGAAUGAUGAGCCAGACGAGGAGCUAGACACGACUGAUGAGGAUGAGGAUGAGGAUGAAUCAGCACUCAAAACGGUUUACUAUAUGAAGCUGCCUGCUGUUAACCAUAGUGAACAUGAUGGCAAUGAUGGGAAGCAUGGGCAUGAGGCGGAGGAGCGGGAUGGGAUGGAUGAUGAUGAUGAUGACGACGAUGACAGCGAUUUCCUGAGCACCACUUACACCUGGAAUCUGCGAAAUGUGCCCAAGCUGCGCGUUAGCGACGCUGAAAGCCCUCAGCUGGAGACGCCUGCCAAUGCGUCUGACACAUCAAAGGUGCGCCCAGCCACGCCUACGCCAGCGCCCACAACCAAUACAACACAAAAGGCCAUGCUGGAGGCCACAAUAGCAUCGCCGACCGAGUCACAAAAGCUGCUCUUCAAACUGGAUAAUCUGGAGCGCAGCUGGCCUUGGGCGGAUCGGGAAAAAAUCAUCUACAAGCAAUCAACUUGUCAUCUGGUGCCACGCAAGCCACUGGGCAUAGUCAGCCAGCGCGUGCAGUUGCUGGCCAAGCAGGAGCUGCAGCGCAAGGAUAAGACGCAGUAGGCCAAAAAACAACAAAAAAUCGCAUUGACUUCUAACUGCGGCGGCGGCAGCUGCUGCAGCUGGCAGACAGCCAACUUUUAAUUGGGUUCAUUAUGCAAAUGCGUCAGCUGCAAGAGAAAACAACAACUUAUCACAGCCAUCACACGAGGCGUAUGCGCAAUCUACAUUUGAAAUAUGCUAUAGACACUGCCUGCUGAAGUAGAUUUUUUAGAUAUCUUUUCUUUUUAUGAAAUACUGCUGUCUUAACAUGUCCCACUUAGCAUGUAA